GAAGCGAGGGGGCCGAUUCCGGUGCGGCGGCGGAGGCUGAGGCGGGCGGUAGCGGUGCUCGGGUCCGCUGAGGCCACAGAGCACCACUAAACCGCAGAAGAACCUCAUGAACGGAACUGUGCUAUCUUAGGACCAGUGUUACACUUCCAGAGGCUUCCUUUUCCAUCUGGCACAGCUUUGUCACAAACAAGAGGAAGCCAUGGUGUGCAUUCCCUGUAUUGUCAUUCCUGUUCUCCUCUGGGUCUACAAGAAAUUCCUUGAGCCCUAUAUCUAUCCUGUCAUCGCACCGUUCGUGAAGCGUGUAUGGCCCAAGAAAGCUGUGCAAGAAACAACAGCCACAAAAGAAGGUCAAGGAGGCAGCACUGGGAAUCCAAGGGCACCUUCAGCCAUGAAAAGAGAUCAGGAGGAUGACUCUGGAAUUUAUAAAUUUGAAAGUAAUGGCGUUGCAAAUGGAAUCGCUGCAAAAAGAUCCACAGAAGUUUCCGACAAGAAAGCGGAUUAGAGGAAUUAAUUCAUAAUUUAUUCGCUUGUGUCCAAUAUGAACUGGUAAUAUUGCUCCCACUUUGAGACAUUUUUCUUUGCACGUUUUAGCUGAAUAAACUUCCCUUAGCACUCACAGAAGAUCUCUUUCGCCACUCAAAUGGCAGCUAGCACAUUUCUUAACUGAAAACGUUUAAAAACUGAAGUUCUUUGUUUUCCUUGCUGGAACUACUUUUUAUCUAUAAUUGAUUUGGUGUGAUUAGAGUUUAGAUUCAGUAACUUAUGACUAAGUCAAGCUUGGAAGAUAAAUUUAUCGUAACAUCUUAGUUUCUUUCACUGCUAGUGCAGUACUUAAGGCUUUCACCUUGAAAAGUAGACCUGCUCUUGCUUGCUAAAGAGCCAUGAAUUGCAUUGUGGCAGAAGCAUCAUCUUUAAUCAGAGUUCAGAUUUUUCAUGUUAAAUCUGUGGAUGAGCUAAAGGAAUUAUGCUACACGCAGAGUUUACUUAGCUUGCUAAAAGCAGAAAGUCUUGAUUUCAUACUUCCAUUAAUUGUUUUCCUUGAAACAGUGUGCCUUUCUUUCCUGAAGGGGAUCAGCAGGGGCAUGAUGAAGGAAGUUGUGGCAUUGUAUUCUGUUGCAGUGGUUUAAAAUGGUGCAGUUCUAUCUUAAAAGAACCUAAACAAGCAAACAUCCAAUUAAAAUCUCUUCAGUGUGCUUGUGGAAGUUGAAUGAUAAUAAACCAGGAUUGUAUU